UCAAAUGCUGAUAACGGCUAGUACAGUCCAGAUCCAACCACUGUUCAGCUGCUGCUGCUCUCGUUUCAUAAUGCAAGCAGAGAAGCAGCAGCAGCAGACAUGGAAAAUCACCGUCCAAGCCAAAACCAAGAAGAGCUUCAACUUCAAAUUCAAGUCGACCCAAAUCGUCCCCACUUGCAAGUUUCAUCGAUUCUCUCUUCUGAUCAAGCUCCGCAAAAUUAUCCUCAGAGUGAAACUGAAUUCAGAAUCCACAGCAUCAUCAGUUUCGAGAAAAAGAAAAGCAACCCUCAGAUCCAAGCUCCUUAGAAUUUUCAAGAAAAUUGGAAUUCCAUGCACCAAGAAUCGAGACCAUACUAUCCAUAACCCCGAAUCCCAAUCGCCUCUACUUAGACUGAAACAACACGUUUGCAAGGAACCAAUUUCUGUUGCUACGUUGUGCACUGGAAUUCUUGUGUUUCUAGCUCAGUCGAUCUUCAGCAUAGUUCAAAAGGGUUUCGUUGUUUAUAGUUUGGCUACAUUGCUCUUCUUCUUUUCCGUAGUAUCCGGUAAAUACAAUGUGGGAAGAAUUCUCAAGUUUCUGGUGAUUCUAAUGCUUGCGGCGUCUACCAGUUCAUCAGAGCUCGACUUCAAUAAUUAUAUUAAGUUUUUCGGGAGAUAUGUCUCGGACUACAUUGGGAAGGCUUCCAACUAUGCUGCUCUUGUUUUUAUGAAUUGAUUAUUUGCUUGUUAUUGAAUAAAUUGAUUGAUGUAUCAUCGUGGGGUUUUUUUUUAAUAAUUAUUAUUGAAUAUGAGGAUGAUUUGAUUUUAUUUGAAAUUUGAAUAUAUUUG